AUGGAUGACAAAAGUGACAGCUUAUUUAGAGAAUUGGAAGAAUCCUAUUGCCCACCUCUCGACGCAGCACUAUUUACCGCCAUCGUCUGUGACUAUGACCUCACAGACGCGACUCAGAUCCAAGACCUUCGAAACACCCUAGAUACACUGAAAUUGUCCGCAUGGGAACAGGAAGGACUUCCCUUCGACCCUUCCGGUACGAGCGGCUUAGGAUCGGUGGAAGGCCUCGAUGCGGACGGCAUCCCGUCGGAGCGCAGCGUGUCGCAAAACGGCACCGUACCGUCGCGCGAAACAGAUCUGACCAGCCUGGUCUCCGAAUUUUCCUCAUCCAGUAUCAAUGAUCAGAACAAGAAUCAUAGGAAAGACCAAUCUGGGCUCUCCGAGCGUGUGUCGUAUACAGUGGCUGCCGAUGGCUCUCUUCGUCUUUCCGGGGCGACCCAAGAAGAUAAGAUUACGUACUUGACAGAAAUGUUCCCCUCAGCGGACUAUUACAGCAUACAGCAUACCUUGCAAAAGUCGAGUGGAGAUGUAGAUCGGUCGAUGGACGUUCUGCUUAAUCUUGUCUUUUUUGACGAGCAACCCUCGAACGAGCCCGACGCCAAGGUUGCGAUCCCGAAAGGAAUCGACGGCUUCCAGGACGGCUUCGAUGCCGACAUCUCGCGUAAAAAGGGUCGCAAGCGCAAGGGCAAAAACAAACCCGCCAGGAGCCAAGAAGUGUCUGCUUUUGAUUCGGAAGAGUUGGAGUCGCCUCGCCCCAUCAACAAAUGGGAUUCUGCCCAGAAAGAUGUUGACUUCAUUCAUUCGCGCACCUCUCCUAUUCUAAAGAAAGAAACAGUCACGUCUACUUAUCAUGCCAAUGGAGCUUCACUGUCAUCCACCAUUCGGUCUCUCGCUAGCGCGUCUGCUCCGGCAAAGGAGGAAGAUAUCGAUCAAGACCCAGUCAGGAUGGCCCAGGUGGCCGAGCUGAUGCAGGAGUUUCCCUCUAUUCCACCAGCAACAUUUGCCGGUCUUCUCAUAAUUACAAGGAGCUCAACCUCGGCCGCCAGUGAAUUGGCAGACGCGAUGUUAACCGGACCGACCACUCCGUCCGUAUCUGAGUUGAUUAAGAUUACCGCGGCGCCACUGCCACUUGACAUGGACGACGAAGAAACACCAUCACAGCGGAAAGCUGCAGCGCGGAUCGCUCGAGACUACACAACCGUACGGAGCACCGCUGGAGCUCACUUCGCAGCCGGUGCCGAGGCCCUCUCUAAAGCCUCAAUGGCGUACAAACGAGGCAAGUCUGAUCGACACUUCGGCGGUGCGGCUGCCUACUAUUCCUCCGUGGGACGAGAUCACUUGGAGCAGGCCAAGCGCAACGCUGCAGAGGCUGCCGACGCCUUGGUGGACUCGCAGUCGACGUCCAACAUGCUGGAUCUACACGGAGUCUCGGUACAGGAUGCCGUUCGCAUUGCCAGCGAUCGAGUCGCAGACUGGUGGGAUUCCCUCGGGGAUGCCAAGUAUGUCCGGGGAGGCAACGAUUCCAUCCGUGGGGGAUAUCGCAUCGUCACCGGAGUCGGGCGUCACAGCCACGACGGAACCUCUCGUCUGGGUCCGGCUGUGGGUAAGAUGUUGGCUUGUGAGGGCUGGAAGGUGGCGGUUGGGGAGGGUGUUUUGACGGUUACUGGAAAGACAUUGUAUUCUUCUCUCCGUACGUUCGCCAUUCCCCUCCGAUCCCGCGUCAUACGCCGAGCCGCAAUAGCUCCACCUCUCGCUCGACCCGGAGCAACUGUUCUGAAAGCCGCUCCAACGAUCCCCUUCUUGAGCUCCCUGUUCAGUUCAAGUGCCAACGACAGAAUGUCUUACCCCGACCAGCGAAGUGACGACUCCUGGCGCGCCGUUCUCAGCCCAGAGCAAUUCCGCAUUCUCCGUGAAAAAGGCACCGAACGUGCAGGCUCCGGCAAAUACGACUCCCAUUAUCCCACCGAGGGUGUCUACGGCUGCGCCGGCUGUGAUGCGCCAUUAUAUAAGGCCUCGCACAAAUUCAAAUCCGGCUGCGGCUGGCCGGCGUAUUUCGAUUCUCUUCCCGGUGCGGUGACGAGACACACCGAUAGUUCAUUUGGCAUGGAGCGGACGGAGAUUGUGUGCAGCAACUGUGGAGGUCAUUUGGGACAUGUUUUCAAGGGCGAAGGGUACCAGACACCGACGGAUGAGAGGCACUGCGUGAAUAGUAUGGAGUUGAGUGGAAUCCGGACUUAUACUGCCGUAGAGCUGCAUAUAUGGUGCCUGUGCGGCGCCGGAUCGGGCAGCCACACCGGGCGGCCUCAGGCCAGCAACCGCCACCUGACCGACGAUCGAUCGGAGAGUCGCCUUCGUGUUUCAUCCUCCUUUCUGCCCGUCCUCGUCCUCCCUUUGCUCUGCCAGCCUGCCUCGAGUGGAUUGCUUUCGCCCGCUGUGAUGUCUCGACGCGCGACGCCAUCCCAGGCUGCUCAGAACCAGCAGACCAUCAAGAACCUGCUCAAACUCGAGUACAACAAGACAUGUGCCGAUUGCAAACGCAAUAAACAGUGUAUUGAGAUGGGGCAAUGCGAGGGCCAACAAGUGCGCUACCCCCUGGAGACUGGCUUUUUGUUCAUCCUGGUGAGAAUGUGUGCUGAUGGAUGGGUUCUUGGCAGAUACUGGGAAGCGAAACUGGCACCCGGUCAUGUUCCCUCGGAAGCUAAGAUUGAGAAUUUUAUCCGGACCAAGUACGAUUCCAAGCGAUGGGUGAUGGACGGCCCAAUGCCCAACCCUGCGACACUGGAUCCCCUCGCGGUCGUUCAAGAAAAGGCGAAACUCGAGCGCUCGGCUUCUCAACGAGUGGCUACCUCCAGCCAACCCCCCGCGCCCCAACGCCGCCAACAACAACCUGCCAUCGAUCUGUUUGGUGAUGACAUCUCUCCUCCGGUGCGCCCUAGCACGACCGAACCUGCACCCCGAGCUGCGCCGAAACAGCAACAGCCGCAGGCGCAGGCUGCCCCUAAGCCCCAACGCCCGGGAGACUCGUUGCUUGGGCUGGAUUUCUUCGGCAGCACCGAGCCGGCCGCCGCCAGCCGUCCGGCUAGCACGGCCUCAACACCGACUAACCCUACUGGCAUGUCUCGACCAGAUCUAAAGCAAUCCAUCCUGUCGCUCUACUCGAAGCCUCAGCCUGCCCCGGCGCAGCAUCAGCGGACCUCCUCGUUCGGCGAUCUGGCAUCUCCACCGCAGUCGGCCUCUUCCAUGGGUGGUCUCACCGAUGCAUUCAGCGGAUUGAGCUUCCCGUCGACCACGUCUCCUCCACCUCCGAAGCCCGCCGAGAAGCCCUCGCCUUUUGCCAAUCUGACUAGCUUUGCCAAAUCGACUCCGGCCGCUCCCAAGGUCUCAUCUCCUACCGUUUCCACCGGUGGUGGAGGCAGCUUGUUCGACAGCCUCACGUCUCCCACCAUCCCCCCGGCCAAGCCCCAGUCUCGCACCACCUCGAUCUCUUCCAACGGAUUUGACUCUGGCUUCGGCGGCUUUGCUUCUCCCCCACCCACCAAGCCGACCUCGCCACCAGCAUCGUCUCUGUCAAAUGAUCUGUUCGGCCUGUCGUCUGCGCCCCCAGCUCCGGCAGCUGCGGCGUCGCGGUCUCCUCCCCCGCCCAUCUCGUCCCCGCAACAGGAGCUGAGUUCCGCUUUCAACAUCAGUGCUCCGCCUCCACCUAAGCCCCAGGCACCGGCUGCAUCCACAGCGUCUAUCGCCAGCGCUCUGCCAGCAAGCAUUGACCCGUGGGGCGGCGGUAACGCUUGGUCCACCCCUGAUCCCGCGCCCCCUGCGCCUUCUACAGCCACCACUGCGGCCUCAAUGAUGAAGGUACCGGAUACCCUGACCGCUAACGACAUCGGCGCUGGCUGGGGUGCCCCAUCCCCAUCAGCUUCCAGCUCCAAGCCAGCCCCCACGGUGGCCGCGGACGAGGACUUCGGCGGCUGGGCCAGCGCAGCCCCUGUGUCGUCGAGCACGACGGCGACGAGUUCGACUAAACCGGCUGGCGGGUUUGGUGGCGCUGAUGAUUUAUUUUCUAAUGUUUGGGAGUAG